UAAUGGGCGUGGCGUGUGGCGCAGUUCAUUUCAGCAUAAAAGAAUAAAAAAAUGUGUAGCUCAAGACUGUAAAACUGUAUUUGUGAGAGUAACCCAUAGAAGCAUGUCCUCCGGGGAGUGGAAGAAGAAGUGCGAGGAUGAGUGGGGUCUGCAGGGCGCGCCGAUGCCUGACAACGUGGACUGGAGAUCUGUUUAUGAAGCCAAACCGUUCAACAGAAACUUACUGAAGAAUCCAUCUCCCUACGCGGUUCGUCAUGACAGCGGGUCCGGUGAAGGGGGCUUGUCUGAAGUGCCUCCUCGUCGGGGUCUUUGUAUUCCUGGAUUUAUAGAAGGAGACUUCAGUGACUGGACUACGAGCACAGAGGAUAUUCCCUCUGACUUGAGUGGAAUCCCCAAAGGAGCUGUGGUCUGUGCUAUGGCUAAAUAUAGCUGGCAUAUUAUGGAGCAGAUGGUCGACUUGAAGGCUGAAGGACUGUGGGAGGAACUACUUGAUGAAUAUCGACCUGAAAUUGUGAUCCAAGACUGGUAUGAAGAAAGCUCUCUUCAUGAUUUCAUAUAUCAGCUUCAUGUGAAGUUACUGGGAGCAGACAAAACUAGUGUCAUUGCUGAGCACACAUUUAACCCCACUGAGGAACGUGGUGCUUACUCUCGCAAUCACAAAUGGAAGGAAGUGUCGCACGUGUUCUCCAGCUAUGGCCCUGGAGUGAGACACGUUCAUUUUUUGCACAGACUGAAGAACCAGUUUCUGAACGGAUUUUACACCACAGCAUCCAGUGGCAGCGCAGUUAUUGUGAGACCAGUUAAAUCCUACUGAAAGAUAUCAAUUGUAUUAUAGUCUCGAAGACUCGUUAGUCGUUACACAGACUAUAGAUCUUUUAAAACUACCUAAACCAUCUGUAUUUACACCACACAUAUCUACAUUUUUAUGUUUUAUGCAUAUAUAUUAAAAAAACACGAAAUGCAAUCUUUUUGUUGCAUUAUAAUUAAUUACAAUAUUACAGGCUAUUCUCACUCUAUGAACACUGCAUGAACUGUCACUGUAAUUACUCAGAUGUGCACAAUUAAAAUAUAAGUGUCC